UGAACUUCAAAAUGUUACUCACCCUUAUUCUGGAAUUUACAUCUGUGAAACCCGAGAUGAAAGGAUUUAUAGUGGGAGGGAAAGAGGUGGCCAUAAGCCGUUGGCCUUUCAUCACAUUUAUAGCAGCAACAAGUAGCCAUAUGAUUGUUGCGGCGUGCGGGGGUUCGCUUCUUAGUUCGCAAACUGUUCUGACAGCUGCCCAUUGUCUGGACGAUGUCACGGAUAACAAAAGGAAAAUGGACGAUCAUAGCUUUACAAUAUUCAUGGGCCACGCCUCAUACAACAGAGCCUCCAUGGUCCGCAGAGUAAAAGACUAUGAGACCCCACGAGAGUACGACCCCAACAACGAAGACGUGAUAGCAGACAUAGGCGUCAUGUUUCUCCGUUCUCCGGUCAAGUUUGUGCCCAAUGUGAAGAAGGUUAUACUGUUUAAUAGGAGGUUCAGUAUAAGGAGGGAUAAGAGUUUGAUGGUGGCCGGUUGGGGUAAGACCGGUACCGGUACCUCAACAAGUCUCAAACUUAAAGCGGCAAAACUGGAAGCUGUAUCUGCCAAAGAUUGCAAUUGCCUGAUCCCUUCUAUAAAUGUCAAAUUGGUGGUGUGUACUGCGCCAUCCGAAGAAUAUGCGUACAGUGGAGACUCCGGCGGGCCACUGGUGAAACGCGCUAGCUACCAACAGAUAGGCAUCGUUUCCUUCCGGCACGAAGACAGCGGGGUCACGGUGUUCACCAGCGUGCCCGAAUAUUACGACUGGAUAAACGAAACGCAGCUCGCGCUUUACCGGACACAUUGCAAGAAAUAA